AUGGCGUCUCAAGCUCCGCCUUCGUCGCCAUCACCGCCCUCAGCUGCGAUUCCCGUGGCGCCCAAGCCCAAGCGAAACGCAACGGUCUACGACGCUGUAGCAGGGCGCGUUUCAUCCCAGGGCUUCAUCACAAAGCAAUUAAAUUUCGCUCCGGCACGUGAUACUACGUCCUCAACUACCGCUGCAGUACCUCCCGAAGCAGUGCUAUUUCGUCGAAAGAACGCACCGAUCAGGUUUGCUGAGCAUGAUAUCUACUUUGCCAAUGAACGGGAACCACAGUUGAAUUUGCCCGACUCCGACCUUUUGAAAGCUCUACACUGCUAUACGACCGAUUUCUACUCGCGGGCCGCGCCAGGCGGUGGUGCGAGUGAUUGGAGGAGCUUAGACGAGACGGCUUUGAUAGCCCUUGGGAUCUUGGUGGAAGAGGCUGGCCGUCUUGGAGGUGCCGCCGAUCUGGUUUUUACGGAAGGGGCGCAAAUAAUAGAGCGUCCACCUUCAGAAAAGCUCCGUGGACAGUCUUCUCGAAGCCCUCCAACUCAAUUUAAUAAGUCGGAUGACGAUCGGCCGUCCAAAAAGCGCCGGGUUAAAAGAGCCAAGGCUACCGAUAUCGACGAAUGA